AUGGCGUUUGGCGGCUUGGAGGGCAAGGGAAAUGUCGCGCAGGCGUCCUACGAGACAUUCUUGGGCCCUGCACAGCUGGCGCUCCAACCAGCAUAUGAGCGCCUGUGGAAGCCGGAGCGUCUGGGCCAGCGCCUGCCGAGGUUCCUCGAGAAGUCGGCGGACUCGCGCUGCGUCAGCAUCACCGGGUGGCUGCUGAGUACGUGUGUGAAAGGGGGCGCUAUAUCCUACGGCAUCCGCAUCAUUCCGGCAGUCGCUGUGGACCCGCUGGCGGCUCGCCUCGAGACGUGCAUCCGCAAGGUCGCAGCGGCCAUCGCGGGCAAAGGCAUCGACGCGGCAGCUUGGGCGCGUCUGCGGCUGCCUGGGCCGCUGGGCGGGAUGCCGUCAAGACUCCCCUCCCUGAGCGCGGAUGCAGCCUUCCUGGCCACGUGCAUGAGCACGCGGGCCACGGUCCAGGUCGUCUGCGCGGAGCUCGGGCGCCCUGCGCGUGGCGCUGCGGCCCCGGCCAGCGCGGUUUCGCACCCCGAGGCCGGGCGCCAGGCGGCGGGCGCGGACGCCGACGUGGCGAGUGGCACGGCUGAGAUGGCGGCCGCCCAGACCAAGUGCGCGUCUGGCCCAUGGGGGUGCGAGGCCCGGGCGCGCGGUUGCACAGCCGCAGCAUUCGCCGCGCGUGCGAGGCCCUGGGCGGCGAGGGCCUUCCAGGCAACUGAGCCGGAGGUCGUGCGCGAGGUGUGGUCGCAGCCUCCGCGGCACACGGCAGAGUGCAUGGACGACGACCACUUCCGCCUGGCGCUCCGACGUCGACUCGGCAUCGCCCCGAAGCCCCGCAAGCGGCCGUGUGCCAGGGGGCCUCUCGUCUUUCUUCCUCGACGUGGCCGUGCGCUGCCCGCACAGCGCCCGCAGUGCGCAGGGAGCUCGCGCCGCGGCGUCCGGGGCCGCCGUGGCAGCGGCGGACGAGAAGCUCAUAAGCUUACGCUGUACGGCGGCCAGGUCUCGGCCGUGUCCGCCCAGACUUACGGCAAGCUCGGGGCCGUCAGCCAGGCCAACCUCCGCCGCGUUGCUGACAUGGCUGCCUCGCGAGGCGGCGUGCUCGGCAAGAGCGGUGGGGGGCUCUUUGCACCAUGGAGGUGGUAUCUCGAACCGCGCUGGCAGUGGCAGAGAGCGGCUCAUGUCUCAUGCGCUGCACCGGAUCUCACGGUCUAG